AUGAACAGCAACCAUAUUAAGUUUGUGCUGUCUGUUGCCCUGUUGGGCUCAAUGGCAUACGCAUUUACAGCGUCUGAAAUUGAAAUUUUUCAAUUACAUCAGGAAUUACAAAAGAAAUAUGGUGAAAAGAUUAACUUCUACAAACUAUUGAAACUACCAAAUGGCCAAAAGUCAACGUCGAAGGAAAUCACCAAAAACUUAAGAAAACUAUCCAGAAAAUAUCACCCAGAUAAGAACAAGAAAUACAAGACUUUAUAUUCUCGUUUGAAUCUGGCUACACAGAUUUUAUCUAACGAUGACACAAGGAAAACAUACGAUUAUUAUCUAAAGAAUGGAUUUCCUGAUUAUAACUUCAAGAAAGGUGGGUUCUUCUUCAAAAGAGUUCAGCCACAGACUUGGUUUAUUCUAAGUUUCAUAUUUCUUGCUGCUAGUUUCAUUCACUACGUAAUUUUGAGAAUCCAAUACAAGGCUCAAGUAAAAAGAAUUGAGUCAUUUAUUCAACAAUGUAAGGAACAAGAUACCAGUAAUGGUCUAGGUGAAACUAAGUUAACAUUUAAACAACAUGAAGAAGAUGAAGGUAAGAAUCUACACAUCAAGUUCGGAUCGGUCUACCUAAUGGAAGAUGACGAAACUGAGUCACUAAUUACGUCUGAUGACAUUCCAAUUCCUUCCAUUACCAAUACGAUAUUGUUUAAAAUUCCAAAAGGUCUAUGGAAUACUUCUCUUGGUAAGGUAUUAAACAAGACACCAGGCGACAACGAUAAUACCAUCGCCAAAGGUACCAAGUUGGGAUCAAAAAGUAAUAAGAAAAAUUAA